AUGCAGGACAUCCAGAAAGCCAGAGAGGACUGUCCCCCACCCCCGCCCGGCCACCAAAUCCCUCUCCCCGCCCCCUCGCCCAGUCUCCGCGCUCUGGCACACUCCCUGCCAUCUCCACCGCCCCCAGGAGCAGCCUCAGCCGCCGCGCGCUCUUCCCCCGCGCCCCCGCCCGCCGAUCGCUCGCUCGCACGCACGCCCGGUCCUUCGCUCGCUCUCCAUCCCUCGCCGGCGCUCCCUCGCUCCCCCCUCCCCGUGAUUGACAGGCAAGAUGUCGGUGUGGAGCGAGGCAGGAGCGAAUGCAGCAGCCGUCACCCCCGGAGCCCGGCGGCGGCAGCAGCAGCAGCGCGAGGACGAGACAGCAGCCAGCCGCAGUCGCCGCCGCAGCCGCGGGAGCAAUGCAGACAGCAUCUUGAGAACGCGCUAAAGCACCCCAAACGGUGGACAAUGCCGUGUCACUGCAACUGGGAGGGGGGCAAACCAGAUUUUUUUUGACAUAAAAGCCAG